AUAUAAAUAUUUCUUAGACUGAAUAUCUAUUAGAGUAAAAGGUUGAUUGCUCAUAAAGAAAAGUAAGAAAACAUUAAUCAAUAAAAAUGAAAUAUUUAUUGGAUAUAGAUAAUUAUCCACUUAUAAUAUUUUAUUAUAUAACUUUUCAUUGAAGUUAAAGUAACUUGGGAUGAAAGUAUCUUGGGGCUAAAGUAUUUUUCCUUGAAGUUAAAGUAACUUGGGAUGAAAGUACCUUGGGGCUAAAGUACUUUAUCUCUUUAUAUUAUUUUAUAGUUUUUUGUAUACUAUAAAUAUGGGUGAACCCUUUUGUAAUGAGAUCAUCCAAAAAAAAAAAAGAAAUAAAAGACAACAACUUUUACUCUUUCUCUCUUUCUCUUUCGUAAAAACACACCCACACAUAAAAUAACAAAAGAGAAAGUGGUCCCAUCUCAUAUCUCUCACUUGUCUCCAUCGCCAAUUACAUAUAUAUAUAUAUAUAUAUAAAUCAGUUCCUCCCUUAUUAUUUACAACACGUUAUCAGCACGAGGCUCUGACCAACUGAAGUUUAUUAAUCCAAAAAGUUCUUAAACCAGCCGAGUUAUCAUGUCGAAUUUGACAAAGCUCGAAAUUAAUGCCCUGGAUAUUAUGGGAAAUAAUUAUAUGACCUGGGCAGUGGGUGCAAAAAUGCACCUGAGAGGAAACGGGCUUUUGGAAACCAUCGAUAGUUCAAAAACGGUGUCGGAUGAGAAAAAGGCUAAAGCCAUGAUAUUUUUACGACACCACAUCCAUGAUGGUUUAAAGGAUGAAUAUAUUACGAAAGAGGAUCCUUGUGACCUCUGGAAAUCUUUAAAAGAGAGGUUCGAUCACCAGAAAUAUGUGAUCUUACCGAAAGCUAAACACGAGUGGAUCCAUCUCCGGUUCCAGGAUUACAAAAGUGUUAGUGAGUUUAAUUCCGCGAUGUUCGGAAUUACUUCGAGGAUGAUGUUAUGUGGAGAGAAAAUAAGUGAUUAUGAUAUGAUCGAGAAAACUCUCUCCACGUUCCAUCCUGAAAAUGUAAUCCUGCAACAACAAUACCGAGUGAGUGGAUAUACCCGUUACUCGGAGUUGAUGCAAGUCCUCCUUGUAGCGGAGCAGAAUAAUCAACUCGUGACUUUAAACCAUCAAGCUCGUCCCACUGGAUCUGCUCCAUUCCCUGAAGCGAAUGUUGCAUCAUCCAGUUAUGAUAAUAGGAGAGGACGAGGUCGUGGACGUGGUGGAAACCGUUAUCAUGGUCGUGGAAGAGGACGAGGAAGAAGAUUCCGUCCCUAUGAUGAAAGAAAUAAUAAAGACUUCCACGAAAAUGAAAGGAAUGAAAAGGGCCAGGAUGAUAAAAGGCAAACGGGAACGGUUUGCUACAGAUGCGGCAUGAAAGGUCAUUGGGUACGUACCUGUCGUACACCAAAACAUUUAGCCGAUCUGUAUAGAGAAUCCCAAAAGGGAAAAGAGAAAGGAAGAGGUGAAACUAACUUCAUCUCUGAUGAACCUGGGCCAUCCUUUCAUGGUUUAAACGAUGAUACUCAUCUCGACGUAUCAGACUUUCUGGUUGAACCAGAGAGUAUCGAUGAGUAAUAUAAAUAGAUGUGAUAUAAGUAGACUGUAUUAUAGUAUCUAUAUAUUUUGUUGUAAGAUAUAUGUUAUGUUUGUUAUGUUUAAUGUUUAAUAAUAUAUGUUUUAUGAAUAUUUUAAAUUCAAAAAGAAUGCCAAACUUUGAGACUAUGGAUGGAGAUUUGUGUUUGGCAGAUAGUGCGUCAACGCACACAAUAAUCAAAGAUAAGAAAUAUUUCUCCAGUCUCAAAAUAAGAAAUUACGCUGGAAGCGUAAGUACAAUAUCUGGUAAUGCAAAGAUUAUUAUGGGCUCUGGAAGAGCGAAAUUUUCAAUGCCAGGGGGAACGAUAUUUGAAAUAAGUUAUGCAUUGUAUUCCCCCAAGUCUCAUAGAAACUUGUUAAGUUUUAAGGAUAUCCGAAGAAAUGGAUAUCAUAUUGAGACUAUGAGUAAAGAUGGCAUUGAAUUUCUUUGCAUUAAGUCCGAGAAAAAACAUAUACUUGAAGAGUUAAGAAUGUUAUCCUCUGGACUAUAUUGUACAAAAAUAACCAUGACUGAGUCCUAUGCCGUGGUAAACAUGAAGUUUACUGAUACAUUUAAAA